AUGCAGAUUGUCAAGUCUGGCAAAAAGGUCAUCUGUGGUACCCAGUCCGGAUCGCUUUGCUUCUUUUCAUAUGGAUUUUGGGGAGACAUAAACGAUAUAAUUAUAGUAAACAAGGACACAGUCAAUGGUAUCGCUAAAAUAAGCGAAGACCUCGUCUGCACAAGUGGAGAUGAUGGAGAAAUUUACAUUGUUAGUAUACAUCCAAAUAAAGUCAUUGGUACAUUUAAAAAAUACAAACGCCUGGGUACACCGAAAUCUACCGAUUCAAUCGUCGUUAAUCAUGACAAGACGUUGCUAGGUUUGCGGUUCACUAUUCAUACAACUCAAAUAGCCUUUGUCGGAGACUUGGAGGGAAUUUACGUCACCAGUACUCAAGAGGUUCACAGCGACCAUAAAGAUGAUUUCUUUAAUGAUUUGUAA